AAAAAUAAAUAAAACACGCGCUCUCUCUCUCUCUCUCUCUGUCUCUCUUGCCAGUUUUCUUCGCUCUCUUUUCCGCUUUGGGAUCAUACUCUGCGAAAAUGGGUGUGAGCAGAGCUUUGCUUCGUUUUCUGGUGUCAUUAUCUUUGAUCAUCCACGCAGCAGUGACCACUGCCAACUUCUUCAAGCCAUUCAACGUGAGCUACGACCACAGGGCGCUCAUCAUCGAUGGCAAGCGCCGCAUGCUCAUCUCCGCCGGUUUCCACUACCCCCGCGCCACUCCCGAGAUGUGGCCUGAUCUGAUUGCAAAGAGCAAGAAAGGAGGAGCAGAUGUGAUCCAAACUUAUGUAUUUUGGAAUGGGCAUGAGCCAGUGAGAGGACAGUAUUACUUUGAGGGGAGAUAUGAUAUCAUCAAGUUCGUGAAGCUUGUGGGAGCCAAUGGACUCUAUCUCCAUCUUCGUAUAGGACCUUAUGUUUGCGCUGAGUGGAAUUUUGGAGGCUUUCCAGUGUGGCUGCGUGAUGUCCCUGGCAUUGAAUUUCGAACAAAUAAUGUACCUUUCAAGGAGGAGAUGGAACGGUUUGUUGAAAAGAUUGUGAAGCUAAUGCGAGAGGAAAUGCUAUUUUCUUGGCAAGGUGGUCCAAUCAUUAUGUUGCAGAUUGAGAACGAAUAUGGAAACAUAGAAAGCGAAUAUCACCAGGGAGGGAAGGAAUAUGUUAAAUGGGCUGCUCAGAUGGCUCUAGAUCUUGGUGCUGGGGUUCCAUGGGUCAUGUGCAGGCAAUCAGAUGCUCCAGAUAAUAUUAUAAAUGCCUGCAAUGGAUACUAUUGUGAUGGUUUCAAGCCAAAUUCCCAUAACAAGCCAGUAUUUUGGACAGAGGACUGGGAUGGAUGGUAUACAAAAUGGGGUGGAAGAUUGCCUCAUAGACCUGCUGAAGACCUUGCAUUUGCAGUUGCACGCUUUUUCCAACGUGGAGGAAGCUUUCAAAACUAUUAUAUGUAUUUUGGUGGAACAAACUUCAACCGGACUUCUGGUGGCCCAUUCUAUAUUACUAGCUAUGAUUAUGAUGCUCCAAUUGAUGAAUAUGGUCUGCUGAGUGAGCCUAAAUGGGGGCAUCUGAAGGACCUGCACGCUGCUAUAAAGCUUUGUGAACCUGCUCUAGUUGCUGCUGAUUCACCUCAGUAUAUAAAAUUGGGACCAAAGCAGGAGGCACACGUGUACCGUGUAGAUACUAACACUGAAGGCCUGAACUUAACUCAGUAUGGUAGCCAGAGCAGGUGCUCUGCAUUUCUUGCAAACAUUGAUGAACGAAAAGCAGCUGUUGUAAGAUUCCUUGGUCAAACGUAUCAUUUACCACCAUGGUCAGUCAGUAUUCUACCAGACUGCAGAAACACGGUGUUCAAUACUGCCAAGGUUUGGAUUUAUCAUGUAGGGGCACAAACUUCAAUCAAAAUGGUAGAGUUUGAGUUGCCUCUUUUCUCAAAUAUUUCUGCACGCCAACAAUUCACGGUUCAUGAUGAAGUUUCCUAUUUCUCAAAAUCCUGGAUGACUGUAAAAGAGCCAAUUGGUAUUUGGAGCAAGAAAAUCUUUUCUGUCCAAGGCAUAUUGGAGCAUUUAAAUGUGACAAAGGACCAUUCUGAUUAUCUAUGGUAUAUAACCAGAAUCUAUGUUUCUGAUGAUGACAUCACAUUCUGGGAGGAAAAGCAAGUGAGACCAACACUUACAAUUGAUAGCAUGCGAGACGUGUUGCGUGUAUUUAUUAAUGGCCAGCUUACAGGCAGUGUGAUUGGUCACUGGGUCAAGGUGGUCCAGCCUGUUCGGUUUCUCCAAGGAUACAAUGAUUUGGUGUUAUUAUCUGAGACGGUGGGUUUACAGAACUAUGGCGCCUUCUUGGAGAAAGAUGGGGCAGGAUUUAGAGGCCAAAUAAAGCUUACUGGAUUUAAGAAUGGAGAUAUAGACCUCUCGACGUUGUCAUGGACCUACCAGGUUGGGCUUAAGGGUGAGUUCUCGAGUAUAUACACGGUGGAAGAAAAUGAAAAGGCAGGAUGGAGUGAUUUGAUGGUUGAUGCUAUCCCAGCCACAUUUACCUGGUACAAGGUAUAUUUAUCUCUGAAUAUAAAUAUCCAUGGAGAUCAUUACGUGGGCUGUGCUAAUUAGAUAUGAUGGGUAGUUGUCUCAUCUUACCAUAGUGGAAGACUCUUAUAUGAUCAUAUUAUUAGCUGGCUCGGCCUUAGAAGUGUGUAAUCUUCCAAUCCAAAUGCUUUUCUCCCCAAUUCUAGAUUAUGGCUUUUCUGUUUUUUUUCCUCUUACUGACUUACUUUGGUUUUAUUCUUUUAUUAUCAUAUUAUUUUUCCAUGUAGGAAUUUCUAGUGUACCAUGGAGACCAAGUUUCCAUCAAUAUCAUGCCUAAGUCGGUUAAAAACAAAGUUGCUCUAAUAAUUGUUGAACAUUUAUCACUGUUAAUGUCAGUCAUUUUCUUACAAAAACUAGAGUGACUUAUUUCAAGUUGAUGUUAGUGUAGCAAUAUUAACACAACCAGUGCUAGUGCUACUCUUGGUUCUUGAAAAGCGGGGGAGAAAAGAAGGUAAUAGGAUGGGAAGAAAACCCAAAUUACUUAUCACAUUAUUGAAGAAUUUUACAUCUUAUGGUGUGUACUGUUUUGCUUUAUAUUUUAUGGUUUUUUUCUUUUUUAGUUUCUUUCAGCUAAAAAGAUUUUUGGUCUCUCCAAGCCUGGGUUCACUGUCCAUUUGCUGUUUGAAAUUCAAAUUUGUUCAAUUUGAUCUCUGAAGUUUGUAUUUGUUGUCAAUAUAGCCCAUUUUUCCAAAUCGUUAACCUUGCUUUGUUAAAUUGUUAAAUAUCAUGCACAUGACAAAUUAUCAAAGGCUAAAUUGAUAGUAAAACCAGACUUGGAAAGACCAAAAUACAUUUUAGCCGUUUUUUUCCCCUCACGUUCAUGACAAUAAUUUUCCUUUUUUUGCCACUAUAUUGACUACAAAUAUCUUAAUCCUGAUGGUGUUUCCUUUAAGGAUUGAGAUAUAAUUUCUUUUAUAUUCCCUCCCUCUUAUCUAUGUUAUUGACAGCUUUGGUGGAGAAGCGAUCUGGAAAUCUGAAAUGGCCAGUUUAUCUUAAAUUUGAAUAACUAAUUGCAAACUCAGUUCUGCAAUCUCAUUAUCUUCUAUCUAGAGAUGUAUAUUGUUUAGUCUGUCCAAGUAUGUAAUCUUGAAUUUUCUUGUGAUACCAAGACCUUCUCUUAUUGCUCAUUAGUUAGGGAGAUAUUCACAAA